AUGGACAGUUUCGGUCUGUCGGCCGUUCCCUGCCCUACGCUGGCCGCGCCAGGGACCCUCCUCCAGGGACCCCCUUCCAGGAACGCUCCUCCAGGGACCCUCCUCCAGGGACCCCCCUCCAGGGACCCUCCUCCAGGGACCCUCCUCCAGGGACCCCCCUCCAGGGACCCCCCUCCAGGGACCCCCCUCCAGGGACCCUCCUCCAGGGACCCUCCUCCAGGGACCCCCCUCCAGGGACCCCCCUCCAGGGACCCUCCUCCAGGGACCCCCUUCCAGGAACGCUCCUCCAGGGACCCUCCUCCAGGGACCCCCCUCCAGGGACCCUCCUCCAGGGACCCUCCUCCAGGGACCCUCCUCCAGGGACCCCCCUCCAGGGACCCCCCUCCAGGGACCCUCCUCCAGGGACCCUCCUCCAGGGACCCCCCUCCAGGGACCCUCCUCCAGGGACCCUCCUCCAGGGACCCCCCUCCAGGGACCCCCCUCCAGGGACCCUCCUCUAGGGACCCUCCUCCAGGGACCCCCCUCCAGGGACCCCCUUCCAGGAACGCUCCUCCAGGGAUCCUCCUCCAGGGACCUUCUUCCAGGGACCCUCCUCCAAGGACGCUCUUCCAGGGACCCCCUCUAGGAACCCUCCUCCAGGGACCCUCCUCUAGGGACCCCCUUCCAGGGACGCUCCUCCAGGGACCCCCCUCCAGGGACCCUCCUCCAGGGACCCUCCUCCAGGGACCCUCCUCCAGGGACCCUCCUUCAGGGACCCCCCUCCAGCGACCCUCCUCCAGGGACUUCCCUCCAGGGACCCCUAUCCAGGGACACUCCAGAGAUCCUCCUUCAGGGACCCCCCUCCAGGGACACUCCUCCAGGGACCCCCCUCCAGGGACCCCCAUCCAGGGACACCCCUCUAGGGACCCUCCUCCAGGGACCCUCCUCCUUGGACCCCCCUCCAGGGACCCUCUUCCAGGGACCCUCCUCCAGGGACCCUCCUCCAGGGAUCCCCCUCCAGGGACCCCCUUCCAGGGACGCUCCUCCAGGGACCCUCCUCCAGGGAACCUCCCCCAGGGACCCCCUCCAGAGAUCCUCCUUCAGGGACCCCCCUCCAGGGACACUCCUCUAGGGACCCUCCUCCAGGGACCCUCCUCUAGGGACCCUCCUCCAGGGAACCUCCCCCAGGGACCCCCCUCCAGGGAACCUCCUCCAGGGACCCCCCUCCAGGGACCCUCCGCUAGGGACCCUCCUCCAGGGACUUCACUCCAGGGACCCCUAUCCAGGGACCCUCCUCCAGGGAUCCUCCUCCAGGGACCUUCUUCCAGGGACCCUCCUCAAGGGACGCUCUGCCAGGAACCCCCUCUAGGAACCCUCCUCCAGGGACCCUCCUCUAGGGACCCCCUUCCAGCGACCCUUCUCCAGGGACUUCCCUCCAGGGACCCCUAUCCAGGGAAACUCCUCCAGAGAUCCUCCUUUAGGGACCCCCCUCCAGGGACACUCCUCCAGGGACCCCCCUCCAGGGACCCCCUUCCAGGGACCCUCCUCCAGGGACCCUCCUCCAGGGAUCCCCCUCGAGGGACCCCCUUCCAGGGACGCUCCUCCAGGGACUCCCUCCAGGGUCACCCCUCUAGGGACCCCCCUCCAGGGACCCUCCUCCAGGGACCCUCCUCUAGGGACCCUCCUCCAGGGCCCCCCCUCCAGGGACCCUCCUCCAAGGACCCUCCUCCAGGGACUCCCCUCCAGGGACCCCCUACUCCCCCACCCACCUCUCUCUUGCCCCAGCCUCCCCGCGCCAGCUCACCCUCCGGCCUCCCUCGCUCCCUCUCGGCCGAUCGUCCUCCCGCAGCGCUCGGCGGGAAGGAAGGCUGA